AUGCGCAACAACGGCGGAUCCAAAUACAUCAGCUUUGAGCGUAACCCCGAGUUCGGCGCUGUAAUUGCAUCCUUGGCGGAUUUGGCAGGCCUGAGUGAUCUGGUUAAAGUGGUGAUAGGUCCGAGUGCUGAUUCCAUCAAACGACUGCAUGCCGAUGGGUCUCUGGAGUACGUCGAUAUGAUGUUUCUGGACCAUUACAAGCCAGCUUAUACGAGCGAUCUGAAAUUGUGCGAGUCGCUAAGAAUCGUACGACCUGGAACACUUCUCGCGGCGGACAAUGUCAUCACGCCCGGAAACCCCCCAUACCUCAAGUACGUUCGUAGCAGCGUCGAAGAGAAGCGGAAGAUGUGUGAAGACGGUGCACCCAGCCAAGAUGACAAGGCCAACUUUGGAGACAAACACAAAGACCAGUACAAGAACCGAGUCGAUGAAGAGCAUCUCGAGUCCGAAGCUCGUGGAAAUCCAAAUCUUGUGUAUGAAAGCUGGCUAGUGAAUAGCUUCGAGCCUAAUGGGGUACCUGAUGGUGUCGAAUUCACAAAAUGUUUAAGACAGGAGUCUUGA